AUGCAACUCCCAACCAUAUGCCAACCAGGACGCCUAGCUGUCAAUGAUGGGCCUCUGGAAAACGUCAAGUUUCUGCGUCAGUCGCACGCCGAUGAACCUCUUGACAAACUGCGACAACGCUACGAGGAAGACGGCUACUUGUUCCUGAAGGGUCUGAUUCCUCGCGCCGAUGUGCUCAAGGCGCGCCACGAAUAUUUUAACAUGAUGGUGCCCACAGGAGUCUUAGAAGAAGGCACGCAGCCGGUUGAGGGUAUCUUCAAUCCCCUCAAAUCAGCAGAGGAGUUUCCAGGCAUCGGUGCUGGCGCUGCGGGCAAAAAUGGCCGACCAGGAGGCGAGAAAGCGACGCAGUUCGUCGACUUGGCCCUUGACGCCCAUUAUCGAGACUGGUACGCCCAGGACUUCUGCCGGCACCCAGCCCUGAUGAAUUUCGUGGCCCGUUUUACGGGGUGGGAGACUAACACCCUGGGCCUUCGGCGGUCACUUCUUCGAAACAACAUCCCCGGCACUAAGCCCAUUGGAGUCCAUUAUGACCAGAUUUUUCUUCGUCAUGGGGAACCGACCAGUGUGACGGCUUGGGUGCCGAUUGGAGACAUCAAACUGACUGGAGGAGGACUUAUCUACCUGGAGAACGGUGAUUCCCUUGGAAUCGGUCUUGAAGAAGAAUUCACCAAAAAGGCUAAAGAUGCCGGAUUAUCCGAAGAAGAAGCCAAGAAUGCAUUUAACAACAACAUGAUGGCAACCGGUCUUUUGUCGGAAUUGCCUCUCGACUUUGCGCAUAAGCACAGCAGGCACUGGCUUGUGGCUGAAUAUGAAGCCGGUGAUAUUGUGCUGCAUAAGCCGCAUGCUAUUCAUGCUUCUACAGUCAACAAUGACCCAGAUCGUAUCAUUCGCCUUGCAACCGAUCUUCGAUUUGUCGAUUCCUCGAAGCCAUAUGAUACUCGCUGGAAUAAAUUCUAUGAAGCUGGAGACGGUGUUUAG